ACUCAUCGAGGAUGGAUGAUCACAUAAUUUUCUCAUUAUGGCCAAAUCCCUCUCCCUUCCAUCGCGUCCCUUCAAUUCCCCUUCUUCUUCCAUUGGAACCCAUCUCUCUCAACCCCCCAAAAUCUCUUGUUCUUCCAUAUCCAUUCAAUCUCAAUCACCCAAAGACCAACUCCUCGCCCUCAUCUCCGACCAAGAAAGAGGUCUCAAGACCCAGAAAAGCCCUCAGAAACUUGCUUCAAUUGUGAAAUCAAUCGACGCCUUGGCGUCUCUGGCCCCAAAUUCUGUCACAACGGACGAUUCACUUUCUGCGACAUGGCGUCUUCUAUGGACCACUGAGAAAGAGCAGCUGUUCAUCAUUGAGAAGGCUCACUUGUUUGGUACUCAAGCUGGGGAUGUUUUGCAGGUGAUUGAUGUCAAGAAAAAGAGUCUUAAUAAUGUCAUCACUUUUCCUCCAGAUGGGGUUUUCUUCGUUCGAUCCAGCAUUGAAGUUGCUUCCUCUCAGAGAGUGAAUUUUAGAUUUACAAGUGCUGUUCUGCGAGGAAAAAAUUGGGAAAUUCCUUUGCCACCAUUCGGACAGGGCUGGUUCGAGACGGUAUACCUCGAUGACGAUAUCCGGGUUGUAAAAGAUAUUCGAGAUGAUUAUUUGAUCGUUGAACGUGCUCCCUACACUUGGAAAGAAUGAAAAGCUAGAUCACUGGUUUUCAUUGCUACUAUAGAAACACGAUGCAGUAUUAGUGUUAUAGUAAUCUAAAUUGAUCCCGAGUACGUCUAUCCUUCUGGAAUCUGUGUCCUUAUUAUGCAACACUCAUGCUGCUGCUCUCACUGUUUGGGUAUUAUUGUUGUAAAUCUUGAUUACCAUUAUGUGGGCUAACAAUGGAUAAUGGGGUAAUAUUCAUGUCAAAAGUUAAAAGGCUCAAAUGUUCAUAUACAAUCUUCAUAUUUACUGGUC